ACAUCUCUCUCUAUCACCCUCAAAAUAAAAUAAAAGAAAAAAAUUAACUGAAAGCCGAAGAUGUCAAGCGCAAGACUCCAACCAACAGCUUGUGCUAUGCUCUCCUCCACAAUCAAGCACCACUGCCUUCGACCUGUUCGAAACGGCGUCGUGUUCUCCACCACCAAUUACCACAGUCGAACCAACAGGCCCCUUUCUGUCUCAAUGUCCGCCUCUGCUCCUCCCACCCCUCUCGAAAUUUGCGUCAAAGCUUCCAUUACCGUCCCUAACAAGCUCGGCGACUGUCCCUUUUGCCAAAGGGUGUUGCUAACAUUGGAGGAAAAACAUCUUCCUUAUGAUUUAAAGUUGGUAGACUUGGCCAACAAGCCAGAAUGGUUUUUAAAGAUAAACGCAGGUGGUAAAGUUCCUGUAAUUAAGCUUGAGGAGAAGUGGGUUGCAGAUUCAGAUGUUAUCUCACAAUCAUUGGAAGAAAAGUACCCUCAGCCACCUUUGGGAACCCCACCUGAGAAAGCUUCAGUGGGUUCAAAGAUCUUCUCUACAUUUAUUGGCUUUCUUAAAAGCAAAGACCCCAAUGACGGAACUGAGCAGGCAUUACUUGAUGAACUAAGUUCUUUCAAUGAUUAUCUCAAAGAAAAUGGUCCUUUUAUCAAUGGGAAAGAUGUGUCUGCUGCUGACUUGGCCCUUUCACCCAAGCUGUAUCAUCUAGAAAUUGCUCUGGGACAUUAUAAAAAUUGGUCUGUUCCAGAUUCCCUUCCAUAUGUGAAUUCAUACAUGAAGAACAUGUUCUCAAAGGAUUCAUUUACUAAGACACGUGCACUGCCGGAGGAUGUUAUAGCGGGUUGGCGUCCAAAGGUCGUGGGUUAAAUUUGUCUAUAAUGUGUUUUAUAAAAUAUGAGAAAACAAAAGUAUAUUUAUUUGAAAUUAGGCAAUAAAACCGUGAUCCGUGCUAUUGUUUCAUUAUUUUUUUCAAAAAACAAAAUAUACAUUUAUUUAAUUAUUAUUGUUGUUAUUGUUGAUCUUUGGCUUUUUAGUAAAAAAAACAAUCAAUGUGGUGUGAGGAUUUAUUUCUUA